GGAUGCAGCAGAUGAACAACUGGGUGGUAGAAUGCCUUCACUCAGUGAUGUGAGCGUGGAGCUCUUGGAAAGUCACGAGAGUUCACAGCAAAACUUUAUUUCAACUGACUUCACACGCACAUCAGUAGAUGGAUGAUGCACCUACCUUCACAUCUCUGUCUUGGAAAGCAGCCUUGACCUCAGCAGCUUCUCAGCAAGCUGGCAGGUGAAUCAAACCCUACUUGGAAUAAUCUCCUGGGCCUGAGGAAGAGUGGACCAUUACACGCACUCACACUGAAGAUGGAAAGUAAAGAUGAAGCCAGUGAUUCUGACAGUGGAGUCAUUCUCCAGUCAGGGUCAGACAGCCCUCAGUCCCUGAUGAAAGAUCUGCAUUGUUCUGUCAUUUCACGUCAGCAAAUGCUGGAAGAAACACUGGAGGCUUAUUUAAAGGAGCUGAAAAAGCUGUGUUUGCGUGAAGCUGAGCUGACUGGGAAGUUACCUAAAGAGUACCCAUUAGCUGAAGGUGAAGAGCCACCAAUUGUGCGACGACGUAUAGGUACAACGUUCAAAUUGGACGAGAAAAUUGUGCCUGAAGGAGAGGAUUCUGAACUCAGUUCCCUGGAGAGAGAUUUUGCGUUACAAUUACAGUUUGUGGAAGCAGCUAAACGUCUAUCCCAAGAAGACAACCUCACCAGGCAGAUAAGAAAACAAAGAAAGAACAUCUUUACGAAGGAACAAAAAAAGCUCAAGGAUAUCAAGCAAACGUUAAAGGAAUACAGAAUCAAGGGGGUUGGGAGUCCCCUCCAGUUGAAUAACGUGCUAGAAGAAUUGAGUGCUUCCGAUGACAGUUCCCUGUCAGAUGCAGCGGUUCUGGAAGAUGAUGACGUGCGUCUUCAAGGCCCUCAUUCGUCUGUAGAACACUUAUCAACUGUGCAACUCCCACAGAAUCGCGGCUCACCGAUUCCCUCGCUGCCGCCCUUCAGGCCAUUGCCACCCCAGCAUCUGGAAGGAAUCGCCCAGCACUGUUAUCGGAACAGUGACUAUGAAAGAUCGCCCAUUGCAAACAAGGCGUGGAAGGAAUCUAGCCUUGACGAACCCUAUGAGAAAGAAAAAAGAAGUUCUUCUUCAAGCAGCAAAUCAAGCAGCCCAUCAGUGACUCCAUCGGAAUCUUUGAUGGGUGAUUUUCCAAUGUUUCCGCAUUAUUCAAUGAGGAGCUUCGCCUACCAGAAUCACAACUCAUCCAGUGCCCCACCAACCCCAGACCUGAGGGGGCGAAAUUACCAUCAAACCAGGUAUGUGGACGCGAAUCAGUUGCAAGCACCUUCUGAACAAAGAGGUCGAAGUCUAUUGCCCCAGAGAAGACCUUCAAAUUACACCGUCUUCGUGCCAGACUGUUAUUCUACUAGGAAUAAACCAAUUGAUAGCCCACAGUUUGUAUCAUGUUCCAUGAGUGGGUACCCCAGCUCAGAGUCUAAUAGCUCUGGCAUCUCAACUCUAAACUACGCUCCAAUGCCUCAUGAGUAUGAUCCAGGAGCACCCAGAUAUUGGCAAAUGUACAAUUGUCCUGCAGGCACAGGAAGAUACGUUACACAGUUGAGGAAUGAUGAUGGAUUUUACCACGAUCCAACCCCCUCAUUCCACUAUUACAGGGCCGUUGAACACCCAGAUGUAAAUGCAAUGGCCCAUAUGUGGGGCGGUGCCCCGAAGCCACAGUAUAUCACCACACAACAGUUGCAACAUCCGCUCUACAGGGACUGCCGUUACAACGAUGAGAAUGCAUCGCUCCAGGUGCAGAGGAUAACUCCGUCGCACUGCAGGAUAGUGCGAACGCCUUCGCUGAAGGAAUACCCCAACAGAGGCCUGAUAAGGGAAGUCGUAUCGGAGGAGCUGAAAUCGUGGCACGAACGGAGCAGGAGAAGGAAUGGUCGACCCCACUCGCUGGACAGGCGCGAUGCCAUUCGCGUCCCACACGGGCAGAGCAGGGGUCGAGAACAUUACAUUCGAUGGCCAGUGCGCCCUGUUCAGAGACAUUUAUCUCAAAAUGCCCCUGAUCAUCCGCAGCAGAGGAAGUGGUACAUGACAGAAGAGUCCGAGGUUGCAAGCCAGUUCUGAGGUCUUGAUUCCUGCCAGUUGAAAAUCCAGAUCGUGUCAAGUGUGUCAGCGUAACAAUCACUGGCGCGAGCGAGGGAGCACAUUUCCUGGAACAGCAACCUUUGAUACAAACCUGUUCAAUUGCACAAUACCAUUGGCAGGAAUAAGCCGAGUCCAGGCUUGCUGUGGGAACUCAAACUGCAGAUCAUGAGUCUGAUUCACGAGGUGAACUAUUAAUAUUUAAAAUCAGCUUUCGUCCACACCUGAUGGUUUCCUGGUCUUAACCCUCCAAAGUCCUCCUGCAUCUCUUGUGCUAACUUUAUAGACUGCUUGCUGGGUUAUUCAGUAUACCGAGAGGGUAUAUUGAACGUCUGCAGAGAUUUCAAACUCGUUGCCUAUUGGUACAUUUUAAACAUGUCUCUUAUUUAUGUUCUCCUUAGUUAUCUUAUUAACAAAAGCUUAACGCCUAAUCAAUGACAGCGUACUUUUAUAAAGUUACAAUCCCAUUAAAGAUAACUAAACACCAAAUGUAUUAACGUAUCAAAGGAGUUAUCCUGAGUGAAUUCAUUGAAGUGGACUAAUCGAUAUUCUUCUCCCUUUGAUGCAGUUUUGUAAAUUUAUUCUGGAGAUGUUUAAGAUGCAUUUACAAUUUUAACUUAUGAAUAGUGUUAUACGGACAAUUUGCAAGACUUGGAACACAGGCAAGAAUUGCAAUUUAAACCCACAUUUAACUGAUUCACUACUUGAAAGUGCGUGGUGCAGUACAGAACACAUCCUCCUGCAGAAAAGAGCAUUUGUUAUGUGAGUAAUGCUACAUUGACAGACCUGAAUAAGCUAUUAUACAUUGAUGAACUCUCCCAAAAGGAUAACCUAUGCAAGAGCUGAGUCUCCAGGAGAACACUGCAGGUUUACCUGAGGAAGAGUUCAGCUCGAGAAGCCAUUAUAAAACUCCCUGGUGUUUCAGUUUCACAGACUCUUCCACUGUGAGGUAAGGAGGACAGGACAAGUCUGGUUAUUCCACUGUGUGAAUGACUUUGGACACUAAACUUGGACGAUCAGUGAAUUCUUCUGACACGUACGAGUCUGAUCGGUUUGGUUAGUGGCGAGACUGUUCUAUUUAGGUCGAAGUGCAGAUUUUAAAAGAAUAUAUAUAUAUAUAUGUGUAUAUUUUCCCCAAGUGGAUGAGGUACAGAUCACAUGGCCGUUACAGAGUGACUUUUGCCCACUCAGUGACCUGAACGAACCUGUAAAUAAAAUGUCAAAUAAGAUGUUAAGCUUUCAGUUUCUAUCAACUCAGAUUUCCUCAAUCGCACAUAGGCUGAGAGAACUUCAAUUCACUUAAAUAGAAUCUGCUCCUGUUGUCUAAAAAUGCAUUCCUGUCAUCCCGAGAAGAGCCCCAAACUCGAAAAGGUUUAAGACUGGUCAGGAAUCUUUCAGGAAAUCCACUUUUUGUAUACGUGAGGGCCAUCACAGCACAGCUCCCACUGUCAGGAAUCAAGAACGACAACAGAUUACACUUGUGUAGCGCCCUUCACAUCGGAAAGACAUCCCAGGGCGCUGGAAGCUGGAAGAAGAAAGUUGUACCACAAGACAAAAUAAAUUGCUUAAGGUUAUGGUUACGGUGCAGGGAGAAACUUAGGUUCCACGUUGAGAAAACAAUAAAUGUAAUCACAAGGUUAAUAUAUCCGUAACAUUAAGAUUUUACAAUGAAAGGAAACAAAUUGCUUUGUACGUUUGUCGAAGUUCAUCAAGAUGCUUCACAGUCAUUUUUGUCAAGCGUAGUGAUUUUUCUGUGGGAAAACUAUUUUCUGUGGGAAGACGUGUGGCACAGAGCAAGGUCCCAGAUAAAGCCUCGACUUGAAUAACUAAUUAACUAUAUGGCUCCCAAGUUAUGGAGUGCUUUGAAGGUGGUCCAAAAACUAUCUUCAAAUGAUUUGACAGGAAACACUUUUACUCGGAAGUUUACCCAUCGUUCUACUUUACAUGAAUUAAUCAAGACUUUGUUUACACUUCAACUCAAACCAUGUACCGGCUGUUGACAUGAAACUGCAACUUUUUGUUCUAUGCGGUACCUUUGAGAGUUACAGCAGUCAGUUUUGUUCUUUAUCUGUUUAUCGGUUGUGUGUAUACCUUUGGAACAGGCUGCCAAACAUUUAAAAAUAUCUGACCUUUUAGUAAAUAAAUAUGAUCAUUCUUUAA